CCCUGACAUUCCAUGAUCCGGAGUACCUCCCACUUUGACAUUCUCUGUUUUCAGCCCUUCCCCAGCUCAGACAUUCUAAGCUCUCAGGUUCCCCUCAGUUUAGGGAGCCCACGGUUUGGACCCAGGAAUAGACUGCUUUGCCAUCAUCACCGCCAUGUCAUCAUGACCUCCAUGAGCAAGCCUUUACCAGUCCCUGUCUGCAGGUGGCCCUCGGGGAGCUGCCCAUUAGGCAGCCCUGCUCUAAAGCCAACCAGAUCAGCCUGGAUGUAUCCCUAGAACACAGGCAGUGAAAGCUCAGGAUAGAGACAGAACAGACCGAAUAGUGGCCUCUUGGGGACCUUGCUGAAGCUUUUGAGGACUCCAAGCCUCAAGUUGGUGCCAGAAGUCCUGGUGGGGAGGAAGAGGGACGUCUGGGCAGAACUCCACAACGCUUAGUGAGGUGGGAUGGGGGACCAAGCCCGGCUGACCACAGACCCCGUUUUCUUCCAGAAGGAGGAAGAAAAAAACAAGACCGAUCCCCCCACUCCUGGGAAGAUGCAGUUCUUUGGCCGUCUGGUCAGCACAAUCAGCAAUGUCACCAACUUGUUUUCCAACCCAUAUCGGGUGAAAGAAGUGUCCAUGGCUGACUACAAAUCUUGCGUCCAACUCAAGGAAGAAGGGCAGAUGAUUUUGUUCAAGAAUAGCACUCAUCGCACCUGGGACUGCCUGCUUGUGAACCCCAGGUCCACGCAGAAUGGAUUCCGGCUCUUCCAGCUAGAGACAGAGGCUGAUGCCAUGGUGACCUUUCAUCAGUUUUCGUCAGUGCUGCCCCCCUUUUACGAGAGCUCGACCCGGGUGCUGCAAGUCGACGUCCUGCAGCAGCUGACUGACUGCAUCCGAAGUCACCCCAGCUGGUCCAUGGCCCAUCUGGCCGUGGAGCUGGGGAUCCGAGAGUGCUUUCACCAUUCCCGAGUCAUCAGUUGCGCCAACAGCGUGGAGAAUGAGGAAGGGUGUACCCCCUUGCACCUGGCGUGCCGAAAGGGUGAUGGGGAGAGCCUGGUGGAGUUGGUCCAGUAUUGUCACGCCCGCAUGGAUGUCACCGACAACAAUGGGGAGACCGCCUUCCAUUAUGCUGUGCAGGGGGACAAUCCUCAGGUGCUGCAGCUCCUGGGAAAGAACCCUUCGGCCGGACUGAACCACGUCAGCAACCAUGGCCAGACGCCGCUCCACCUGGCCUGCCAGCUGGGCAAACCGGACAUGGUCCGCGUGCUGCUGCUGUGUAAUGCCUGCUGCAAUGUUGUGGGUCAGCACGGCUACGCCAUCCACACGGCCAUGAAGUUCUGCCAGAAAGGGUGUGCUGAGGUGAUCAUCAGCAUGGACAGCAGCCAGAUCCAAAGCAAGGACCCUCGGUAUGGAGGCAGCCCCCUCCACUGGGCCAAAAACGCAGAGAUGGCUCGGCUGCUGCUGAACCGGGGCUGUGAUGUGAACAGCGUCAGCAACUCAGGGGACACGGCCUUGCACGUCGCGGUGAUGCGGGAGCGCUUUGACUGUGUCAUGGUGAUGCUGACCUACGGCGCCAACGCGGGGGCCCGCGGGGAGCACGGCAACACGCCGCUGCAUCUGGCCAUGGUGAAAGACAACAUAGAGAUGAUCAAGGCCCUCAUUGUGUUUGGUGCUGAGGUGGAUACUCCCAAUGACCUUGGUGAGACUCCUGCCAUGAUUGCAUCAAGGGUCCACAAAGGCGCUCUGCUGAGUGCCAGACACACAGGAAAGCCAAGGCAGCCUCUGCUCUCAAGCGCUUCCAUUCUGGGCAAGGCAGCAGUUUCCACCAGGAAUUCACUCUUGGCUCUGCUGAAAACCAUAGGGGCGGACCACCUUACAGCCCCCGGGGCGCCCCUGGAGGUCUCCCAGCCCUCCACCUCCACCCAGGACAGACCGAUGCCCCCUCGGAUGCCCAUGCGGGAGAUAGAGCUGCAGGACUUUGUCCACCUCUCUCGGUCCCGGAAACCCAACUUCAUCCUGAGCUCCAUGAGGGACGAGCGGAGAACCCACGAUCACCUGUUGUGUCUGGACGGCGGCGGUGUAAAAGGGCUUGUCCUCAUCCAGCUGCUCAUGGCCAUCGAGAAGGCCGCGGGCAUCCCCACCAAGGACCUCUUUGACUGGGUGGCCGGGACCAGCACAGGCGGGAUCCUGGCUCUGGCCAUCCAGCACGGCAAAUCCAUGGCCUACAUGCGGGGCCUCUACUUCCGCAUGAAGGAUGAGGUGUUCCGCGGCUCCAGGCCUUACGAGUCAGCCCCGCUGGAGGAGUUCCUGAAGAGGGAAUUUGGGGAGCACACCAAGAUGACGGACAUCAAGAGACCCAAGGUGAUGUUGACGGGGACCCUGUCUGACCGCCAGCCUGCCGAGCUUCACCUCUUCCGCAAUUACGAUGCCCCCGAGACCAGAAAUGAGCCUCGUUUUGCACAGAACCCCAACUUACCACCGCUCACCCAGCCCCAAGACCAGCUGGUGUGGAGGGCGGCCCGCAGCAGUGGAGCGGCUCCCACCUACUUCCGGCCCAUCGGGCGCUUCCUGGAUGGAGGGCUGCUGGCCAACAAUCCGACGCUGGACGCCAUGACCGAGAUCCACGAGUAUAAUCAAGACAUGAUCCGCAAGGGCCAAGGUCACAAGGUGAAGAAGCUCUCGUUGGUGGUCUCCCUGGGCACUGGGAAGGCCCCCCAGGUGCCAGUGAGUUGCGUGGACGUCUUCCGCCCCAGCAACCCCUGGGAACUGGCCCGCACCGUCUUUGGAGCCAGGGAGUUGGGCAAGAUGGUGGUGGACUGUUGCACAGAUCCCGACGGAAGGGCAGUGGACCGGGCCCGAGCGUGGUGCGAGAUGGUCGACAUCCACUACUUCAGACUGAACCCCCAGCUGGGCACAGACAUCAUGCUAGACGAGGUCAGUGACACGGUCCUGGUGAACGCCCUCUGGGAGACGGAGGUCUACAUCUACGAACAGCGAGAUCAGUUACAGAAGCUGGUCCAGCAGCUCCUCACCCCCUGAG